CAACGUCUACAGUAUCAAGGAAAAGGAGAUUCUCCCAAUACAUCUGACAACAAAGAAGAUGGAGAAACAUGCAAAUUUGUUGUAUGCAGGAUCCGCGCGACGAUAAUGGACACUUCGCGUACAUCAAAAACUUAUCCCGUCUUGUGAGCUCGCAACUAAGUAAAAAAGAACACAAGAAAUACUUUUGUGAUCGACGGAUGAACGAUUGCGCCAUCCGACUGCCGAAUGAGGACGACAAGUGGCUCGACUACAAGAACUACUGCAACAAAGAACGACUUCCAUUCAUCGUCUAUGCAGAUCUUGAGUGCAUACUGCGAAAGAUGGAGCCGAAAAGAGAAAACACGUCGUACACAUAUCAACAGCAGCACAAGGUAUUUAGCGUAGGAUAUUAUGUGCGAUGCUCGUACGACGAUGCGUUAUCGGCGUUUCAAUUUCGUCGCGGCGAAGACUGCGUUGCAUGAUUC